AUGGAUUGCUCAGUGAUUUGUUUAUUCGCAUUGACAGUCAAUUUUCGAUCAUCAAACACGACAACGAGUUGCGAUUACUGUGUCGACACUCGAUCUACAUACAAAGAUUGUUUCGAUAAUGUUCUGGAGUGUGCUUAUCGAGAUCCGGAUGGAUUGAUUUUAUGUUUGAAUACGUAUGAGAAUUCGGAAACGGGAACACUUGAAAAAUCGACGAAAUGCCUCAGCUAUAAGGAUUUUUAUAUAUCUGAUCCGGACAUUUUGCGAGCUGUUGAUGUUGGAUCGUGCGAUUUUGGGACAAUGCAAAAAUGUGAAUGUGCCGAGACUUGUCCAAGAAGAGUUACGACAACGACAACUGUCAGAAGCACAACAAAAAGAAAAAUCACUCCACAAGCUUUCACUUCUGACGAGAAAAACCCGGACAACAUACCCCGGAAGAAAGAAAGUCCACAAGAGAGAUCAAUCACACAAAAGAGUUUGGAUCCUCAACGACAACACGGCAGUUCAUCGAUAUUCCCAUUCUCAAGUCUUGCAACCACUUCGAAUACUGUUUAUCUUUCGCUAAUCUUUGUCAUUUUCUCUUUGCUUUUUCUAUUGAGG